GCUCUACGCGCACGAAGCCUCAACUCAAUUGAGCACUUCAUACAGACUUUGAACCUCUCCUAAACCUCAUUGCCACACUCAUCAUGUCUUCCAAUGACCGGAACUCUCCCCCGCUCGCCUCGCCGGACCCUCGCCGACGUGCUUCAGUGACCAGCCAGACGUUCCAGGACCUGUUCGGCCGGUCAAGCGGCUAUGUAGGCCAGCAAUCCGGAGGACAGGCUGCCACGGGCCCUAUCACCACAGCUGCUGCCAACGCCCAGAGACGGCGGCUUUCGCUCACCACUAUCGGCCUGGGUGCCUCGCCUGGCCAAACGUCGCCCUUCCUCCAGACCCCGCGAACCCGAACCGAGAGCAUCUCCAGUGCCAACUCUGGCUCGGUCGACGAGAGCCCCUUCGAGGAUGACUACGCCCCUUCCACAUCUGCUAGCAGCAGCAAUCCAGCCACACCCUUUGCUCGACGGCUGAGCUUUGGAGCUCGUGCAAUGCGGGAUGUUAGGCAGAGCAACGGAGGCGUUGGGAACCCAAAUGGUAGACCACCCAUCCAUAAAGCUUCCUCUCCCCCGACUGGUCGAGGUCGAGGUCUGUCUUCAUUGUCACAGUCAUUGCCCUCUUCCGCUACCCUGCUUCGUCCCUUUACCCAUGCACACUCGCGGCGAUCUACUUCCAUUUCACACAUCUGGCCCUCCACCAUUGCAGAGCAGUCCGAGAACAUACUUGGAAACUACUCGCUAACGCCGUCUUCAACAGGCGAAGGUUACAAUUUCGCUGAGAACCUCCGAUCGCGAGCCGAGCGAGGCUCCAUCUCCGGCCCCCCUCCCAUGCUGAGCCCUUCCGGUCCAACGCACCAGCGUGCUAAGAGCGUCACAAUCAUGGAGCCACCCGUUCGUGAGAUGCCCAAGCCUAGGGUGCCUGAUGCCAUGCAGGAGCGGAUCCUCAAGGGCGAUUUCUACAUGGAUUAGCUUCUUUACAUGACUUGACAUUUCAAUCUCCAGACAUCUACGUCAUAGAUGAGACGUCAGACCCCUUCACAAUCGUGUAUCAGUACUCUACCGCCUACGAAACGGAACCUUUCAUACUCCAGAACAACCUUUUACCAGGCUAUCGUAUCGCUCAUGGCCAUGGGCGAUCGAAGGAUUACAAAGACAGCCUUUGUGAGAUCCAGGCAUGUAACGGCGAUUACUGCACCUGGCACUAUCAUAACUCGGAAAGCAUCGUCAUGUGCAACUGUCACUACUGGAAGCAUGCACUACAAUCGUUUUACCAACGUCCUUUUCUGCCGACUUGGGCAGAUUGCAUUCCACGACGUGGACUUUACGGCGUUUUCACCUGAAUAUCUCGAACUCACAUUUCAUGUUCAAUCAGUU